AUGUUUAUCCUGAGGCGGACCGCACUGGGUGCUUUAAAUACCUCCAAGCCUUUUUGGCGGUCGAAACCGUUGGAAUAUGGCGGAAAACAUGCUUUCGCAGCUCAUCGCCAAAUUCAUGCAUCAAGCAUCCUCCGGACCUACGAGGAGGAGAAGGCAGUUCUGGAUGAAAUGGCCGUUACUUUGACAGAUGAGGACCGAACUACCUCGAGGGGUUUGCGUAACAUUGGUAUCUCGGCUCAUAUCGACUCGGGUAAAACUACUUUCACAGAGCGAGUUUUGUUCUACACAGGACGGAUCAAGGCUAUCCACGAGGUUAGAGGUCGUGACAAUGUUGGUGCCAAAAUGGACUCCAUGGACUUGGAGAGAGAAAAAGGUAUUACAAUUCAGUCGGCUGCUACAUACUGUUCGUGGGACAAAGAUGACCAGCAAUACCGUUUCAACUUGAUUGAUACUCCGGGCCAUAUCGAUUUCACCAUUGAAGUUGAACGUGCGCUGAGAGUUCUGGAUGGUGCCGUGCUAGUGGUGUGUGCUGUUUCUGGUGUUCAGUCUCAGACAGUCACUGUGGACCGUCAGAUGAGAAGGUACAAUGUUCCCAGAGUCACUUUCAUCAAUAAGAUGGAUCGUAUGGGUGCAAAUCCGUUCAAGGCCAUCGAACAAAUCAAUAAGAAGCUCAAGACCCCGGCAGCUGCUCUUCAGGUUCCUAUCGGCUCAGAGUCCAAUUUGAAGGGUGUUGUGAACAUCAUCGACCGCGUUGCUUUGUACAAUGAAGGUGCUAAGGGUGAACAAAUUGUCACCGGUCCGGUUCCAGUUGAACUGAACGACCUUGUUGAGGAAAGAAGAGCGAUGCUCAUUGAAACUUUGGCAGAUGUUGAUGAUGAAAUAGCAGAAAUCUUUUUGGAAGAGCAGACGCCUUCUGUUGAACAGAUCAAAGCUGCUAUUCGCAGAGCGACUAUUGCUAGAAAGUUUACCCCUGUACUUAUGGGUUCAGCGCUGGCCAAUAGAAGCGUGCAGCCCGUACUUGAUGCCAUUGUCGACUAUCUACCAAACCCAUCUGAGGUUCUUAAUACUGCGCUCGACGUGUCCAAAAACGAAACCAAGGUCAACUUGGUUCCCUCCGUCAAGGAGCCCUUUGUCGGUUUAGCCUUCAAGUUGGAAGAAGGAAAAUACGGUCAGUUGACCUACAUCCGUGUCUACCAAGGACGGUUGAAGAAGGGCGGGUACAUUACGAAUGUUAAGACUGGCAAAAAAGUCAAGGUUUCCCGUCUUGUGAGAAUGCAUUCCAAUGAUAUGGAAGAUGUUGAUGAAGUUGGUUCUGGUGAAAUUUGUGCUACAUUCGGUAUCGACUGUGCCUCUGGUGAUACUUUCACUGAUGGUACACUGGACUAUUCAAUGUCUUCGAUGUAUGUCCCAGAUGCUGUCAUAUCGCUCUCCAUCACCCCAACGACUAGGGACUCGACAAACUUUUCUAAAGCGUUGAAUCGUUUCCAGAAAGAAGACCCCACUUUUAGAGUACGCUUUGAUGCAGAGUCUAAGGAAACGGUUAUUUCAGGCAUGGGUGAAUUGCAUUUGGAGAUUUACGUUGAGAGAAUGAAGCGUGAGUACAAUGUCGACUGUGUUACGGGGAAGCCUCAAGUCUCUUACAGAGAGUCCAUCACUAUUCCAGCGGAAUUCGAUUAUACUCACAAGAAACAAUCUGGUGGUGCCGGUCAGUACGGUAGAGUUAUGGGAUCUUUGAGCCCUCUGGAAGGAUCAAAUGGGAACCAGUUCGAAACUGCAAUUGUUGGUGGACGUAUUCCUGAUAAAUACUUGGCUGCCUGUGGUAAAGGUUUCGAGGAAGCUUGUGAAAAGGGACCCUUGAUUGGCCACCGCGUCUUGUCUGCUCACAUGCUGAUCAACGAUGGUGCUAUUCAUGCGGUCGAUUCCAACGAAUUGGCUUUCAAGACUGCGACCAUGGCGGCAUUCAAGCAAGCAUUUUUGGAGGCCAAACCCGUUAUUUUGGAGCCCGUUAUGACGGUGACAGUGACGGCGCCUAACGAAUUUCAAGGUAAUGUGAUCAGUUUGCUAAACAAGCUUCAAGCGGUCAUCCAAGACACCGAGAACGGUCAAGAUGAAUUCACCAUCGGCGCGGAAUGUUCGCUCAACACCCUUUUCGGGUUCGCCACGUCGCUGAGAUCUUCGACCCAGGGUAAGGGUGAGUUUUCUCUCGAGUUCAAACACUAUUCUCCCACAUCUCCUCACUUGCAGAAACAAUUGAUCUCUGAGUUCGAGAAAAAACAGCAACAAAAGAAGUGA